AUGUUCAUACAACCACUCGCCCCUCCUCCCCCUCCUCCUCCUCCAAGUACUCCGCUUGAAGCUAGUGUAGAUACGUACUCCAAGCCGUCAAUGUUAGCGGGGCUCGCCGCUCGUAUGAUGCGAGCGUCAGUCGUUAAAGUUAUAUUACCAGUAGAUGAAGUUAAGUUUGUUAAAGGAGCCGAUGUAAAGUGGUUGUUAGGAGUCCCGGGUAUCAUAAACUUGGUGAUAAUUACAAACUCCGUACAAGGAGAGUGUUACGGUCGCGAGGUGCUGCGCUCGCCUCUCACGGACAUACAGACACACAGACACAGACACACAGACACACACAGAGACACAGAGACAGACACACACAGAGACACAGAGACAGACACACACAGAGACACAGAGACAGACACACACAGAGACACAGAGACAGACACACACAGAGACACAGUCGUAAAGAUCCGAGUAACUAGUGGGUACUAA